UAUUAUUAUUAUUAUUAUUAUUAUUAUUGCUACUUAUAUACAAACGCAUAUAAUAUUAUAUAUAAUAGGACCACAACGCGUGGUUCCCUCGUAGAACGGUCAGUGGCGUUCCGCCACAAGUGUCCGGCAGCGACGUAGCAGGAUUUGCAGCAGUAGCAGUAUACCUACCUACCUAAUAUUAUAGCUAUCAUAGCACCCGCUGCGGCCGACCGACGAGGGCCCCGAACAAUAUCGUCGCCGUCACUGUAUACCGCGGUUACCGUAACGUAUAUAAUAAUAAAAAUAAAAAUAAUAUACUAUAAUUAUUAUAUACAUAUAUAUGGCGUUAACAUCACGAUACACGACGAUGGAAGCGUCGUCGUCGUUGCCGUCAGCGAAGCGGCCCGCGGCCGUCGUAACUUCCGCGUUGCGCUGCUGGUCGUACACAGAAGCGGAGCGCCAGCAUCUGUUCAGGGUGUCUCGAUUGUUCAUCACGUUCUAUUACGUGUACGUGUCGUACUACGGGCUGUUUGUGUUGGAUCUGAACGGCGUCGAUCAUCCCACGUGGGGUAAUCUAGGUUCCAACUGGUGGUGGAAAUGCAUCUCCGUGUGGAAUCUGAUAUUGCAAAUUUCUUACUUUAUUUAUUGCACGGUUUUCAUAGACUUUGCCGAUUCAGGCCCUGGAAAGUCGUGGAAAAAACUUAGAUUACAACAGAACAAGAAAAUAAGAGAUUUCAUAUUUGUCAGCCUUGUAUUUCCAGUAACAAUUGAUGUAUGUGUUAUGUUUUGGGCAAUCUGUGCGGUGAACAAGCCACUGUUGUUUCCGAACGAAAUGAACAAUUGGAUACCAGAUUGGUAUAACCACGCAGUGCAUACCAAUCCGAUCGUGUUAACGCUGUUCGAUAUGGCCACCACCAAGCAUCGUCUGCCCAAACUAAUCGAAUCCACGGCGGGACUGUUCGCGCUGUCUGGCACAUACGUCACAUGUUUACUUUAUAAUAAAUUUACAACUGGAAGAUGGGUGUAUCUUAUCAUCGGAGAAGUUACAGCAAGUUUGACGGAAGUGAUAAUUUACUUUGCAGUAACGGCUUUUAUCAUGCCAUUUAUGUGUUUGUUGAUUGGUCACAGAAUGUGUUCAUGGUUUUCAAGCUCACAAAUGAAAGGAAAACAUAAAAUGUCUUAAGAACAGUACAAAUAUUCAUAAAGUAUUUAUAUGAUAAAUAAUAGUCAAAUCUUUAUAACAUAGUAUUACACUAUUACUUUUGCAACAACGUUUACCAAAAUAAAUAUUCUUGAUUUUAUUUAUUAAAAACAAGUAUCUAAUAACAUAUUAUUGACUAUAAAAUUUAUAACAAUUUUAUUUGUAUUAACGUGUAAUUUUUAAACUGUAGAAGUUAUAAUUAUGUUAACAUACAGAACACGUUUAAGAUGACUAAUUGUCACAAAACCAGUUUUGGUGAUGAACAAAUGUUUUAUAUUUUAUAAUGGGUAAAUCAAACGGUGUGUUGAUGUGAAGUGAUAUUAAUUAUAUUAUUUAAUGUAUUAUUUUUAUUAUAAUAAAUAGUUACCUAAAUUAAAAUAUGUAUUAUUAGUCAUUGCUAAACUAAAAUUGCUUAAUCAUUUGUUUAUCUAAUAAAAACAAUUGCAUUAAAAUUAACUCUUAUGUGAAACAUAUGAAAAUAUGUGAAAGAGUUUUGAAUGUUGGUGAUGUACUACAAUAAAAUAUGUACCUACUGUAAAAAACAAUUUUUUUUUUCAUUGAAAACAAAUUAAAUUUAUUUUUAGAUUUUAGGUACUUUCAUACUUUGCCUACUGUAUAGACUAUAUUAAUAGAUAGUACCUACCUAAAUAAAAUGUGUGUGUAAAUUAUCAAAACGGUUAUAAUUUUUCUAAAUUGCAUUUAACUAAUUUUAUUAAUAUUAUAAAUUGCUGUUAUUAACUUUAAUGUUUGUAUAUUAUAUGUUGUUAUUUUCUAAAAUAUAAGUUUAGGUUGUACGUCGAAUUUUCACAUGUAUAAUAUAAAUUAUUUUUAUAUGUCAAUGUUUGUUAAAAUUAUGAUUAAGUAUUUAUAUCAUAGUUUGUAAAAUACAUUUUAAAUAAGAUGUAUAAAAGGUUAAAUAAAUUUUUAUAGGUACUAUUAUA